AUGGAUACCAAAGCCUCCGAAGCCGACGAUAUAGAUGUUCUUCUACGUACCUCCUCCUCUGGAGCGAACACCCCAACGAGUACAAUCAUUACUGAUCUCAACGAACACCUCAAAAGCAUGGCAAUUCGCAAUAGUGCACCCUGGCCAGGCUCCACAUAUCUCAUCCGAUCCUACAACACCCACCAAGUCAUCACCUUAAAGGAGGGUUCACUUGUACUCGAAAAUCAGGCUGGCGAUGCAGGAGGCUGGAAAUGGGCAUGCGUAGAAAAGAAAGGCUGGCUGGGCUUUCGGAACAUCGUCUCAGGAACUUACAUAGGGCACGAUAGUAGCCAAAACUUUCGCGCCGAGAUGCGUCAUCAUCAUGCUUGGGAGCAUUUUUGUGUAAGGCCAUACCCCGACGGUGGAUACUUGAUAUUGAUGCUACACGGAGACACAUUUUGGAAGAUGUGUGAAGGACCAACUGGGGACCGGCUUGUAGAGAAGCCUUUUGAUGGAAAUUCUUCGGGGUCUCCACCGUUUUUAGACAACGCGGAUGGAUGGGGUGAUGGAGUCUGGGAGUUUGUGAAGGCUUGA